CUAUGACAGAAGGCUCCACAGGUCAUGCAGCUGGAUCCUCUCCUCUACUCUCCUGUGGAAACCAGAACUCACCUUAAACAAUCCUGUUACUGGUACUAUCCAGAUAAAACUGUAUAUCUGUUUUAUCAUGUCUCAUGUCUGCAGCAUGUUUCUAAUUUACACACACACAAAAAACCCCACAAGUCCCUGUUUGUGCCCCUGACAGAUUUAUGUCUAAAGUAAUGGAAACUCUUGGUCCCCUUGGUGCUACAUUUGCUAAAUCUUCUAAAUUUGCUGAAUCAGGACCCUCAGAGUAACUUUUUACCUUUUAAAGUUUAUUUCAAAUCACUGGUUCACUCUUGUGUUUAUCACUUAGGAAAUAAAACCAAGUUAAGUCCCUUUGGACUUAACGUGGAAAUUAUUAAUUAUCCUUUUAUUUCAUUAUGUCUGGAUUAUCAUAAUUCUUUGUUUACUUGUCUAAACUAAUAAUGCUGCUGCGAGGCUUCUGACUAACUACACUCACAUCACACAGUUGCUGACUCAGCUGCUUUACCUUCCCAUUAAAUUCAGAGUCAACGUGAAAGUUCAGAUUUUGAUCUUUUGAGCUCUGCAUAGACGAACACCGGCAUCCAUUACUGAACCUUUACAUCUGGAUGUCCCCAGACCAAGACUUGCUUUUGGUUAACUUUUGUUUUUACGUUUUAGCAUUUUGUUGUUAGGUACUCAAAGGUCCUUGUAAAUAAUGUUUUAUGUACACUCUAAAAAAAUAUUCAUGGUGUUUGUAGGUAGAACUUAACAAAAAAGCAUUUUUCUACUUAAAAAAGUAAGUUGUCUACAUGUACAAGUUUCAGUGAGUUGACUAAUCAAUGUUAAAAGUCAGUGCAACACAGAAAUUAAAAAACACCUCCUUAACUUAAAUGUUUGAGUAUAUUGAACAAAAUACUUUUGUCAUCAAUCAACAACAGAAAAUAUUAAGUUUGUGUAACAUGUAAAAGUGAGUUUGAACAUCCUUCGUGUUUGAACUGCCCAUAACUGGACCAUAACGAAAAAAUAAUCACAACUGCCAUAAAAAAAGAAGAAACAGAAAAAAACAGAGGUUGGCAACACUACCUGGUAAGUUUCUUGUUUUAUAGUCUUUUAUAAAUAUGUACUAGUUAUGGGAAUUUACUGCGUAAGUUUAGUCUGACAAUGGCAGCUACAUGAUGUGAAUUGACACUCUGUGUUAUGCUAGUUGUUACUCUAUAAAAGUAAGAGCGUUUGAAUUUUUUCCUGUAAUUAAUUAAAUCUGUCAAUUAAAUCUGUCACUCUGGUGGUUACUUUGGUUAGCCAUAGGUGUGUAUGAGACCAUGCAUACAGCAGAGGGUAACCCCGUAGCAGAUGUUCGUAUCAUCACAGGCGUAGCAGUUGUCUGAUUUCUUAUCGCUUUGUGGGAGUAGAGGUGGGACUGUGUUCGGAACUGGAAACACAAUCCUCACUCAUUGGAUGACUUCAAGCCUGAGCUGAUACAGAGGUGUGUCAAUCGUUUGAAUACAGGAGAUGAUCCUCUUGAAGAACAUAAUGAAAAUCCAUUGAGUGAAGAUGAAGCAAAUGCAGAGGAUGAAGAAAUUGACAACCUUGGUGCACACUCUCUCGGAGGAUUUGUGGAGAGUUUCUCAAGUGCGUAUGUCUGCAGGUUUUGUCUUGGAGAACGAACCCAAAUCCAAGUACCUCAAUGUCUCAUCCUGCUAAACUUCGGAUCAUACUCAAAGAGCAUAACAUUCGAAAACUGGACUUACCACAUGGAAUCCCUGGAACAGUGGAAGAACUUGAAUCUAUUGUGAAAGAGACUUUUGAGGUUGAUGGGAAGUUUACUUUGCACUAUAAGGAUGCUGACUUUGGAGAAGAAUAUUUUUCUCUGACAUCAACAGGUGAUAUCAAGGACAAGGACACACUUAAGGUGGUUCAGAUUAUUGAACCUCCCACAAUUACUUUGACAUUUAGUGAUGUAGACAGUUCCUUCAAAUCUGCAUCAGAGACCUUGGUCAAUGCUUCAGCAAUUUCAGAGACAUCAGUCUCAGAGACAUCGAGUGUGUUCUGUGGCACCAGUUGCUCAUCUGGGUCUCAGGAUACAGUCAUUCUUUCCUCACCUGAACAUUUGAGUCGGCGUUUACAGCGCUGGCCUACCAAUUUUUCUGUUCCUCGCUUUGCUUAUGACACAGAGCUUUUACUUGCUUCAGGAAAUGAAACUUUCAAAAAGGAUGGAACUAAACUUAACUUUACUCCACUUCUUCCAGACAUCCUUGAGAAACUGGCUGAAACGAUCUUUCAGUAUGUUGCCUGCACAAUUAGCAGAUGUAGCUGAAGCACUUGUUCAACAACACCCUUGCCUUAAAGAACCGGGAUCCUAUAAUGGAUGCUAUGGAUGGCAACAAAGACUGAAAUAUAAAAUGGGCAAUUACAGAAGUAAACUCAGAGGGCUUGGGUGCCCUGAGCUGGAUGUGAACUCUCUCAAAAGAAAGCAAGCACAUGAGAAGACACCUUCAAAGAAUCUCAAAAAGCCAAGAAAGGCUGAGGUGAACUAUUUGCCACCUCACCCACAAGGAGAAACAGAGGAAAGCUUGGAAAAGGAAAGAUUGGAACUUCUUGAUGAAGUGAAGAAGAGGAACAACUAUCGGAUCAUCAGUGAAAAAAUGGCCAAAACAUUCUCGAAUCGUAGACAGGAAGUUGUUAAUCUGGCACCACCUGUGAAUGACUUCAGAAGUAGAUGGCCUGCGCUUUUUGAUGCAGCACAGAUAAAUGAUGAAUUCCAAAGGAUCACCACUGUUAACUUGGAAACAACAUUCAUGGCAAAACUGGACCAGUAUUCCACAAGAAUAAUGUCCCUGGUCUCUUCAAAAGGCGGUGCUGCAAAAAUUAAGAUUGAACGCAUCAGGAACAUGUUGCAAGAGAGUUCGGUGGAAACAAGAAGAGAGGUCGCAAUCCGUUGCCUGAUGGUGUAUCUGAAAGAGAAAGAAGAGGAUCUCUUCAGAGAACAGCUGGGUUAUGAAGAACAGUUCCCAGAAGAAGUGGUAAAGAUCGUAGUCACCAGAUGUGCAGCAGUGUCUCUUCCAGCCGUCGCUAAAAUUGUGAUUGAAGGAACAGCUGUCUUGGAAGACCUUGAUGUGCCGAGAGCAUGUGCCUUAAUGAUGGGACUUAUAUACGCUCUCAAUCUGAGCUACCCCAAACAAGUAAAGAACACUCUAGAGGUAUUCCAGAAGGUGUUUCUGGAACUUGAUGGGCUUAAAGCCAGCCCACGGGUAAUGUCUCUUAAGUACAAACUUCUGUCAUAAAACAAAUGUAAUUUAGGCUGCAAUAUUCAGAUGUCCUGCUUCUUGUGUUUUUUAUGCAGUCUUAGACAAGUGUAGUUUUGAGAGUUCAUAAUACGUAUAACCUUACCUUUGGAUUGUUGCAUUGUUAAAUACUAAAAUGUUUUGUAAUUUUCUUGAUUCUGUAAUAUUUACCAAGUUGAUAGGUUAAAGUUAAUGUUUAAUAAUAAGCAGAUUUGCAAAAACAAAUUGCCUUACAUUGCAAUGUUUGUUCUCUGAGGUAUUUUAGAAGGGUGUGAUUUAAAAUUAUUGUUAUUUGGAAGACGCCGCUUUAUUUAAUAUACCUUUACAAAUCUUUAUAGUGGUUCUCAAAGUUGGUCAUCAGGCCCCACUGCUCUGCUUGUUUCUAUUAAUAACUAAACAAUGUUGAUUGGCUGGUGUGUUCAGUUAAUCAGAAGUUGUAGACACCAUUGUGGAGUAAGAAAAACAAAGUGAAUUAGUAUGUUUUAGCUUCUGAUUCAACACACCUUGUCCAGGUAAUAAACAUCCUACAUUUUCUUUUGUUACUGAGGUUGUUUGUGGAGGAAUUGUACUGAAAUACAUUAUUGUUUUUGCCCACUCAUUUAUAAUUAAAGGGCUGCUGUAAUGUUUGAUUUAUGUUGUAUGACACAGAAGUGUAUUACUUCGAAAAUGUUAUGCAAUAAA